CUGUGAACUGUGAAGUCACUUUGACGUUUUUGGCUUCAAGUGUUGUGUGUAUGAUGUAUCAAAAAUACAUUCUUGAAUUCAUAAUGUUAAGUCUUAGUUUAAUCCUUACCUUUUAUGUACAAUUUGAUAUUCAAAACUUUUGAAAUUUCAGCAGUUUAUGUUUUUUUCUUGUAAAUCAAUCACAUAUGUCUAUAUGCCAUAAUGGAUACUACGAAAGUCCGAAUACAUCAGGGACUGGGGUGACGAUUUCAGGCGCCAAUUACAUUCAAGAAAACUCAUUUAGUUUCGAAAAAAUACCUCAGGUUUGCCUAGAACGUAUCAAUAUUUCAAAGUAUGUAAAGUCACUAGACCCCAAUAUCGAAACCAGUAAGAAUGAUAUUCCAAAUGCUGAAAAUCUUAACAAGUUGGCAGAAUUCACUAGGAAUUGCUCAGUGCGACUUGUUCGCAAUGAUUUAAAGGCGUUAAGGGACUUAUUGUUUAAAAACUUGCACAAUCUGAAAUGUGACAUUUGUGCUAAGGUUUAUACUAGUGAGAAAAAGUUAAAAAAGCAUAAAGAAAAUAAACAUUUGCUUGUGCAUCAGGAGAAAGCACUGAAGCGAGUCUCAUUUUCAGAAAAAGUUAUUGUUCAUGAAAUCAAUGAAUAUCAUCGGUGUAGAAAGUGUUCAAAGAUAUUUGAACAAUAUUCAACUUUAAAAGUUCAUAUGAGGCGUGAACACAAAAAGCGUAAGUGCUACAUUUGUUAUUAUUGCACUAUGAAAUUUGUUGAUCGCAUGUUCUUUAAAGUACAUAUUAAACUACAUUGUGAUGUUUGUGGUCAUUUUAUGGUGAAUAAACACAAAUUGAUGGAACAUAAACAUAAUGUUUGUAAAAUGGUUCAAGAAUACAAAUGUAAAAGAUGUGAGGAUAUAUAUUAUUCAUUUCUGGCUCUCCAAGAUCAUAUGUCCAGUCAUGGGACAGCAUAUGUUUGUGAUAUUUGUAAAAAACAAUUUGAAAGUAAAUGCAGACUUGCAUACCAUAUAAAAAUCUUACAUUCAAAAUGCUUGAUGGACUUAUAUACAUUUAAUUUGGGGACAUAUCAAUGUAACUUUUGCCAUGAGAGUGCGGUAGAACGAGAUAUAAUAGAAAAACAUGUUUUGCAUCUUACAGAAUUAAAUAAAACUCUAUCCCAGAGAAAGUAUAUCUGUGAUCACUGCCUAGCUAUAUUUUUGUCAGAAACUGAAUUAUUAAAACAUAAAUUGUCUCAUUACUGUGAUUUACCUGAAAAGCCCAAUUAUGAAUCAAAGAUUGAAUUUAAGUUUAAAGUUGGAGACCCAUUGCCAGAUCACUUUAAGCCAGUAAUUGUUAUAAAUAGAAUUCAAAUUCCUGAAAAAUGGGCAGAUGAAUCACUGGAUUAUAUAGAAAUACCAAAUGGUUUGGAUGUGGAUCAUAAAAAGGCUCUUAUUGAUCAAAAAUCAAAGAAAACACUUUUUUCAAAAUAUCAAUGCACAAUUUGCACAAGGUACCUCUCAAAUAGCUACGGCCUAAAACGCCACAUGGCAACAGUACAUAAAGAUACAGAACAGAACUAUACAGAUGAUCUCAAAUGUUAUACCUGUGAAGAGGUGUUUGCGUGGCCGUCGCUACUACAGUCACACAAUUGCAUCCGGAAUAAUAUACCAGACCCACAGUUUCGUGAUGCGAGGCCAGAAAUUGAACUACAAGAGAGUGACGAUUAUUUUGAAAUCCCACCACCCAUAGUGGAAUUGACAGUUUAUGAUGAGUGUGUUAUUCUGCCUAUGAAAAUGUCUAAUGGUAACUCAUACAAAAUUGUCAUGGAGGAAGUUCCUAUAGAAUUCUAAUAAUCUCGUGAUCUACCAAUGAACAUUCUGUGUCUCUGAUUCUUAGAAUGCACCAAGUUUUUUUAAACUUUUCAAAAUGGAAUUAAUUCUGGGAUAUUCGUAAUUUUAGAUAAAAAUGACAUUUCCUGGGAACUGAUCCCAGAGUCUGAAGUAAUGUGAAAUAAACUUCACAUAUUAUUGCAAAUGUUAGUGUAACUAUCAGCAGAUGCUAAGACUGUCGAUACAUGCCAUUAAAAGUUUUGGAAUAUCGGCUCAGAAUGAUCGUGUUAUUGAUAUCAAUAUAUUUAUUUUGUGGACCAUAUGAAAAUCUUCCAAUCGAAAUCGAAAUUUAAAAAUAUAGUUCCAUUUGUUAUAUCUGCCUGAUACCAGAAUAUAUUCCGGAUCUAGCUAAGAUUAUCUUUCUGUUAUAAAAUAUAUUCCUUUUUCUAUAAUUUGUAUUUAACCAAUCGGAAUAUUUUACUGUCGGGUCUAAUAAUAGAGAUGGUUUGCGAGCUGGUUGAAUAUUGUUUUAAGUUCUCUUCUGUUCUCGUCGACGUACACUCCGCUGUUGUUAAUGUUAUAGUAUUUAUUGCGCAGUUGCUUAAAUAUUGUCCAAUUCUAAAGCCCAACAAGGAACUAAUUAAACUAAGGAUUGUAUUGCUAAGUCCUAAUAAAGCUGUAUUACAUUUUAAUAUGGAACAUUUAAAAUUUCCGAUUGGUAUAAACAUUCAAAUAAUUUAUUAUCUUUUAAGUACAACGUAUAAAGUA